AUGACGCUUUUUGUUGAUGGCUCCAGUAGGAAAAAUCCAGAUGGCACAAAUGCAACUGGAUAUGCAGUAGUGACACAGGAUGAAAUCUUGGAAGCCAGGCCAUUACCAAAACAUUAUUCAGCACAAGUAGCAGAACUUGUAGCACUGACAAGAGCAUGCAUAAUUACAAAAGGAAAAUCUGUAACCAUAUAUACAGAUAGUCAAUAUGCAUUUUCAACUGUACAUGUUUUUGCACAACAAUGGAAAAACAGGGGGAUGGUGACCUCUAGUGGUAAGCCAAUUUCACACACGGACUUCAUUCUAGAACUUCUAGAUGCAAUACAGUUACCAAAAGAGCUUGCAAUAUGCAAAUGUCAAGCACACACAAAACAUACAGACCCCAUCUCGGAGGGAAAUAAAAGAGCAGAUGAAGCGGCUAAAAUAGCGGCACAAGAAACACAUCAAAUAAUGACAGAACUGGAAAUCAUAGAGAUAGAUCAUACAGUCCUUACUGAUAUGCAGCAGAAUGCUCCCCCCGGGGAGAAACAAUAUUGGAAAACAAAGGUUGCACAUUGA